AGAUCUAGAAUCUAGAUUGUCUAGAUCUAGAAUUCUAGAUCCUGAUCUAUUAUUCUAUAAUUUAUAAUAAUAUUUUUAAUAUAUAUAUCAUCAUCAUCAUAUGAGUACUCAGAGUAGAUGAGUUUUAAUUCAGAAUUUAUAAUAAGAAUCUAUUCUAUUUCUAGACUCUAGAUCUAGUAAUUUAGAAUAGAAUCAGAUCAAGAGUAGAGAUACAGUCACUGAGUGUGACUGAGUCAGAAAUGAGUUACAGACGAGAUUCAGAUUCCAGAUCAGAGUGGUCAGAGACAGAGAUGAUUAAAUUUGAAAUGGCAGAGACAGAGUCGACGAACACUGCGACGGUUAUGGCACUUAAGGCGAGUAAGUUCAACCCAAAAAGAUCUUUUGAAGACUUGCAACGAUCUGAUUCUUGGAGCAUACCAUUUUCCUUUGGUUGGAGAAGAGAAAUAGUUUACAGAAGAACACAAGGCUCCAACAAACGUAAAACACCAGCAGCUGAUGUCUACUAUUUUUCACCUUCAGGAGAGAAAUUUAGAUCACCUACCGAAAUAGACAAAUUCUUAAAAUUAAAUAGAGACACUAAAUUAACAACACAAAAUUUUACUUUUAAAACGAAAAAAAUCAAUCAAUGGCCUAAUGAAGUUUGUUGCCAAGCCUCUAAAAGGGGUAGAAGAAGCAGUAGAUCACAGUUUCGAACAAAUUAUAAUAUAGAAAAUAUCAACAUUGAAAAGCAAGAGUUCUCAACAGAGGAGCAACAGACUAUUGGACCAGAGUUGGACAGGACUAGCUGUUUCCCUGGCAACUAUGGUCCAGUGGUAGAAGUUUGUGUUGCCUCUUCUUAUUUAUAUGUGGCAUAUGGCAACUAUGGGGUUCAUGUUUAUAGUCUUGACGGGUAUAAAAAGAAAGCUGUACAUAAAAUCACCAAUCAAGAUUUGCAGUGCAUGGUGGUUUCAGAACUGCAAGGCUUAGUUGUCAUUGGCAGUGGAAGACAGUUAUCACUCUGCAAGGUCACACUUGUGAACGAGGGCCCAAAUAUCCAUCACCAUGACCAAUGUUGUAUGCACACUAAUGUUCAAAAUUCUACAUUUGACAUGACCAGCACAGUGAAUUGUUUGCUAUUGAUAGCCCCAUCAUUGGUUUAUUGUGGUCUUGCAUCAGGAGACAUAAGUGUUAUUAAUAUAGUGAAAAAUAAGAAAAAAGAAGAGUAUAAAUGUUCUGAUCAGCCCAUCAUGUGUCUGACCUCACCUGAGGAGACGUCCCCAAGACUGUUGUGUGCCCUAACCAGAGAUGGCAAAGUUCUUGUAAUCAGUACUCUCACUAAGACCGUCAUAACCACACUGUUGGGACAUAGUCAAUCAGUAUUUAACUUAUGUGUUAAACAAAGGUUGCUGUAUGGUAUUGCUGAAGACAGUACAGUUAUAGCACACAAAAUUUAUAGUGGAGAGAAGGUAAAUGAUGUCAUCACCAACAACAAGUUAUCAAUCAACUGUAUUCACUAUAAUGCUGACUUCUUGUACACUGCUUCUUCAGAUAGGCUUAUAAGAUGUUAUGAUGUGAAGACUGGUAAAUUAACUCAUGUUUACUAUGGAGCUAAUAGAAAAGUCAUUAGUAAGAUUUUAGUCUACAAAAAUAUGUUAAUUACAGCCAAUGCCACAGGCACAGUUGAUUGGGUUGCAAUAGAUCAUACAGCAGAAAAUUAUUGCCAGAAAGUUGGCUGUAACUUCAAUUUUGGUAAUGUAUGGCAUCUCUUCUGGCAUGAAACAGAAGAACACAGCACUCCUCUCUUGACUUCUACAAAAUCAGUGUAAUAAACAAACAAAUUUGAAUUCUAAAACUAUCUCAACUCUACUUCAUGGAUUUGACCCAACAGUAUUACUUUCUGUCUGCCAGGAGAGCUUAGCCAUGCAAAUACUGAAACACAGAAAUGAAAACAAACUACAACAAAGAACUAGAGAUGAUAUAAAAUGAAAUAUGAUAUUAUUUUAACAAAAAAUGUCUUUUAUUUUUUCUAUGAUAUUGUUCCAGUGGGACCACCCUCUCACACUUUGAUUCUAAGCAUGGCAAGUUGAAGCUCUGUCCAUACAUUCCUUUAUGUUAUCAGAAAAACUGAUUAUUUUUUUUUACUUUUCUAUUGCACUUGAUUUAUUGACUGUAUUUUUGUGUAAUAUUUGAUAUUCAAAUUAUGAUCAUUUAUUAGAAAAGCUUCUUCUUGUGAAAUGAUUUUGACAGUUGUGGUAUGAAAAAUUUUACUGUGAUUUUGUAACUCAGCAUGUACAUAUUGAAGUCACCCAUUGGUUAAGAUUUUUAAAAACUGAUAUAUUAAUGUAACUGUAUGCAUUAUUCAAAUAUUUUGUAAAUGUUGAUGAGGAUUAUGUCCUAUUGUUUUGUACUAUCUACAAUAAAUCUGCAUUGAACUGCC